AUGUCCUCUCUAACAGUCACAGAACUAAGUGCUGAGAUCCAGGAGGACACUGUGCUUCUCAACUGGACAGCUCCUGGUGAGGACCUCGACCAAGAGACAGCUAUGGACUCAAGAACGGUGUUUGUCUUAUUAUGGAUGUUGCUGUUGUCCACCUCCUCUGGAAUCAAACUGGAUGGAAAUGGUUAUGUUGAUGUUAUAAUCGCAAUCGGUUCAAAAGUACCACAGGAUGAUAGACUUAUUGAUAAAAUCAAGGAGAUGGUCACUAAGAGGUCUAUUUAUCUUUAUGAAGCACUGGAUAAGAAAGUCUAUUUCAAAGAAGCUACGAUUCUAGUCCCAUCCCACUGGAAGAGUGCGAAUGUCAGCAAAGCAAGAACAGAGUCCUUUGAAAAAGCCAAAAUAAGAAUCGAUAAUGCUAAUCCAGCAUACGGAGAUGAACCUUAUACUUAUCAAUAUGGAGAAUGUGGAACUAUGGCAGAGUACAUUCAUUUCACCCCAGAAUACUUCUUAAAUGACAGACAGUUUGGUUGUUUGUUUUCAGGAAAGGUUUUUGUGCAUGAAUGGGCUCAUCUGAGAUGGGGUGUCUACGAUGAAUACAGUAAAGAAAACCCAUUCUACUACUAUAAUGGCCGUAUUGAAGCUACAAGGUGUAGCAAAAACAUUGAAGGUCAGUUUUAUGAUGUUACGGCUGGAGGAUCUCUUCAGCCAUGCCGUAUAGAUCCACAAACUUCACUACCUGCUGGGAAUUGUACAUUUUUUCCAGACAGAAAUCAAAACACAAACAGCUCCUUAAUGUUUCUACCAAGCCUGGAUCCUGUGAACACAUUCUGUCAUGAAAAUGAGCACAAUUAUGAAGCCCCAAACCUGCAGAAUAAAAAAUGCAGCAAAGCUACACGGACUGUAAUAUUUGAGGAUUCUGUGGAUAAAGAUAUUCUUUCUUCUCCAGAUUCACUGCCGUCCCGUCCUCCACUGUCUUUCAAAGUUGUGCAGAGAAUGCAACGGGUCGUUUGUCUUAUCCUUGAUGGCUCAGGAAGCAUGGCAACAGAUUCAAGACUGCUUCGACUGCAGCAGGCUGCCACACAUUUCCUGCGAAACAUCGUUGAGGAUCAAGCCAGUGUUGGGAUUGUAGACUUUAGUACUACUGCUUCUACUCUGAGUCCCUUGACUACUAUUGACAGUAACACCACAAGAGAGAGUCUUAUCAAAUUGUUGCCGAAAGUAGCAGGUGGAUCGACCAACAUGUGUAAAGGUCUCAAUCUAGGCCUACAGGUACUUCAACAGGACAAUGGAGAUGUAUUAGGAGAUGAAAUAAUUUUUUUGACUGAUGGUGAGGCGACGGAUAACAUUAAAACGUGUAGCCCGACUGCAAUAAACAGCGGUGUCAUUAUACACACAAUAGCUUUAGGUCCUAAAGCAGAUGAGGAACUGACAGUAAUGGCAAACAAAACAGGGGGAAUAUUUCUCACACCCAAUGAUAACUUCACAUCUAACAAUUUAAUAAAUGCGUUUGCUUCGGUUACAUUAUCAACUGGAGAUUACACAAAGGAACCAGUUCAGCUUGAGAGUAUUGGAGCACGAACAUCUGAUUGGUUCAAUGGGACAGUAUCGGUGGAUCAGACUGUUGGGAACAAAACCAGCUUUGUGAUAAUCUAUGAGAGAAGUUUUCCCAGCGUUUACAUACAGUCUCCAAGUGGCUUAAUCUACACUCAGACAAAUAUGAAUCAUGAUGUAUUGCUGAGAACUGUCACUUUAAAUGUUCCAGGAACUGCAGAGCCUGGUGACUGGGAGUACAGAAUCCAAACUUCAACAAAUCAGGCUUUGACUAUAACAGUAACAAGUCAAGCUUCUCAAGCUGAUGUUCCUCCUAUCAUUGAAACCCGCAUGAACCAGCAGUUCAAUGAUGGCACUAAACCCAUGAUAGUGUUUGCUGAGGUUAGUCAGAAUUACAAACCUGUAAUAAAUGCUGAAGUGCAGGCUACACUGGAGCCAGAAACUGGGCCCGCACAAACAUUACAACUCCUGGACAACGGAGCAGGAGCUGAUGCUGUUCAAGGUGAUGGAAUCUAUUCCAGAUACUUCACGCAGAUGGUAAAUGGAAGAAGCAGCUUGAAAGUAAGAGUGAAGAAUCAAGAUGGACAAACCAAAUUUGCUGCCCGAAAAAACAGUAAUGCCCCAUAUGUGCCUGGAUAUGUGGAAAAUGGAGUAGUGCAGCUGAACCCUCCAAAGCCUCCAGUUUCUGAGGAACCAAUUGAGAUUGGAAACUUCACCAGAACAGCCACCGGAGAGAGUUUUGAGGUUGCUCUAAAAAUGCAACUAAACAAAUUUCCUCCGAACAGAAUCACAGAUCUGAGCGCUGAGAUCCAGGAGGACACUGUGCUUCUCAGCUGGACAGCUCCUGGUGAGGACCUCGACCAAGGGACAGCUAAAUCCUAUGAGAUCAGGUGGAGCUUUGACCUUGAUGUGCUUCGAGAGAGCUUCAGCAAUGGUCAUUCGAUCAAAACAACUGCUGUUUUACCUCAGGAGGCUGGAUCAUUUGAACAACAUUCAUUCAAUCUCAGUUUCCCAAUCCAAAAUGGCACCACACUCUUCUUUGCGUUAGAGUCUGAGGACAAACUAAAUGAGAAAUCUAAAACCUCCAACAUUGCUCAAGCUUCAAAGAUCCUCCCUGGUCCAAAACCUCCAGGAAUAUCAAACCCAGGCAUUAACUUGACAGUUCUUGUUAUUUCUGUGUGUGUGGUAACUGUGGUCAUAUGCUUUAUUGUUGCUGUAAUCACAUGGGCAGUAAAACGCAGAAAUCCAUCAAACUAAAGCAACACAGUUUCUGUAU